CGGGCUCCGGAGCCAAGAGGUGACUGAGCCGGUGGACUGGGCUGGGCUGAGUGGCUGGCCCAGACACGUGACACUCCCAGCCUGCCUCCUGGGCCUCUGGGCGCCUGAGGCUGAAAUCCACAUUUGCCUCUGGCAAGAAAAUGAAUUUGUUGGUUUCUGCCUGCAUCAGAUUCUCAACACAAAAGAGCAGGAUCGCCUUAGCAUUUUAACUUGUUAUCUCAGGAAUCUGACAGCGAAAGUUCUUUUUUUAGAAAUCCUAUUUCAUGCUCGGAGCCUGUAAUACCUUGGAUUUCUCCUUCUGUGUGCUGUUUGUUUCCCAUAAUUCUUCGUGAAAGGCCAGGCACACUGAACACAUCAAGCUGAACGCCCUGAAGGGAGGUCAGAGUGAGGUUUCUGGCCACUAGCCGCUCACCUCCUGAGACGCCCGGGGGCUUUUUCCUCCACCUACCUCCCGCUCGCCGCCAGAGAGUCACGUGGGAGCUUGGGGGCCCGCCUUUUGUUGACGUCACGGCGUUCGCAGCCAUCGUGCCGAAGAAAGGAUGCUCUAGGAUGCUGUCCAGGUGGGCGGCCGCGCUGAGCGAUGCAGCACUGCAGGUGUAAGUAGCAUGGUCAAUGCAGGAGUGAUGAGCGGCUCCGGAAACCUGAUGGAUUUCCUUGACGAACCAUUUCCUGAUGUGGGGACUUAUGAGGACUUCCACACCAUUGACUGGCUGAGGGAAAAGUCACGGGACACUGACAGACACAGAAAGAUAACCAGCAAAAGCAAGGAGUCCAUUUGGGAGUUCAUCAAGAGUCUGCUGGAUGCCUGGUCAGGAUGGGUAGUGAUGCUGCUGAUCGGGCUGCUGGCGGGCACCUUGGCCGGUGUCAUCGAUCUUGCUGUCGACUGGAUGACCGAUCUGAAGGAGGGUGUCUGCCUGUCUGCUUUCUGGUACAGCCACGAGCAGUGCUGCUGGACAUCCAAUGAGACCACUUUUGAAGACAGGGACAAGUGUCCUUUGUGGCAGAAGUGGUCGGAACUGUUGGUAAAUCAGUCAGAGGGUGCCAGCGCUUAUAUUGUGAAUUACUUAAUGUACAUCCUGUGGGCGUUACUGUUUGCAUUUUUGGCUGUCUCUCUGGUGCGCGUAUUUGCACCAUACGCCUGUGGCUCUGGUAUACCAGAGAUAAAGACCAUUUUGAGUGGCUUUAUCAUCAGGGGCUACUUGGGAAAGUGGACCCUGCUAAUCAAGACGGUCACCCUGGUUCUGGUUGUGUCCUCUGGCCUGAGCCUUGGGAAAGAAGGUCCUCUGGUGCAUGUGGCUUGUUGCUGUGGCAACUUCUUCAGCAGCCUUUUCUCCAAGUAUAGCAAGAAUGAAGGCAAGAGGCGUGAGGUACUUUCAGCUGCAGCUGCUGCUGGGGUGUCCGUGGCAUUUGGUGCUCCCAUCGGGGGUGUGCUGUUCAGUCUGGAGGAGGUCAGUUACUACUUUCCCUUGAAGACGUUGUGGAGGUCAUUUUUUGCAGCCUUGGUGGCAGCCUUCACACUGCGAUCCAUCAACCCCUUUGGGAAUAGCCGCCUGGUUCUCUUUUACGUGGAAUAUCACACACCCUGGUAUAUGGCUGAACUCUUCCCCUUCAUCCUGCUUGGGGUCUUUGGGGGUUUGUGGGGAACCCUCUUCACUCGAUGCAACAUCGCCUGGUGCAGGAGGCGCAAAACCACCAGGCUGGGGAAGUACCCGGUGUUGGAGGUCAUUGUGGUGACAGCCAUCACUGCCAUUAUCGCCUAUCCCAACCCCUACACACGCCAGAGCACCAGUGAGCUCAUUUCUGAGCUGUUCAAUGACUGUGGGGCCCUUGAGUCUUCCCAGCUCUGUGACUACAUCAACGACCCCAAUAUGACCCGGCCUGUGGAUGACAUUCCAGACCGGCCUGCGGGGGUCGGGGUUUACACAGCCAUGUGGCAACUGGCCCUGGCCCUGAUCUUCAAAAUCGUCAUUACCAUAUUUACCUUUGGCAUGAAGAUCCCUUCAGGGCUCUUCAUCCCCAGCAUGGCUGUGGGGGCCAUGGCGGGCAGGAUGGUGGGGAUUGGUGUGGAGCAGCUGGCUUACCAUCACCAUGACUGGAUCAUCUUCAGGAACUGGUGCAGACCUGGGGCAGACUGCGUCACCCCAGGACUUUAUGCAAUGGUGGGAGCUGCAGCUUGCCUAGGUGGAGUGACCAGGAUGACGGUAUCUCUGGUGGUCAUCAUGUUUGAAUUAACGGGUGGUCUGGAGUACAUUGUGCCCUUGAUGGCAGCAGCUGUGACCAGCAAGUGGGUGGCCGAUGCCUUUGGGAAAGAGGGCAUCUACGAGGCCCACAUCCACCUGAACGGGUACCCAUUUCUGGAUGUGAAGGAUGAGUUCACCCACCGCACCCUGGCCACUGAUGUGAUGCGGCCCAGGCGGGGAGAGCCUCCACUGUCUGUGCUCACCCAGGACAGCAUGACCGUGGAGGAUGUGGAGACGCUCAUCAAGGAGACAGACUACAACGGCUUCCCUGUGGUGGUCUCCAGAGACUCUGAGCGUCUCAUUGGGUUUGCUCAGAGGAGGGAGCUGAUCCUUGCAAUAAAGAAUGCCAGACAGAGGCAGGAGGGCAUCGUGAGCAAUUCCAUCAUGUACUUUACUGAGGAACCUCCUGAAUUGCCAGCCAACAGCCCACACCCCUUGAAGCUGAGGCGCAUCCUGAACCUUAGCCCUUUCACAGUCACGGACCACACUCCCAUGGAGACAGUGGUGGACAUCUUCCGGAAACUGGGGCUCCGCCAGUGCCUGGUGACUCGGAGUGGGAGACUUCUUGGCAUCAUCACAAAAAAGGAUGUUCUGAGACACAUGGCCCAGAUGGCAAACCAGGACCCUGAAUCCAUCAUGUUUAAUUAGCAACAAAGUGGAGAUUAUUUUGAGAAAAACAUUGAUUAUAUCAUUAAAAAGGAAUAAAUGAUACAUUAUUAUACCAGUGAAAGAUAAUGCACUGGCAGCAGCAAAAGCAAACACUUUGUUUGAAAGGAGGGGAAGAAGGAUGAAACUUUUUUUUUUUUUAAGAGAAACCAUCAGUGAUAGACGUUUUAUAGCUUUAACCCUUACGAGUUUCAAGCUGUGUUUCUUAAUGAGUUUGCUAACUGCUGUGGGGGCAUGUGGGAGGGUGUACAUGAUGUAGUUUAUGUAAUGACAUGAAACACAAGUGCUACAUGGAGAAGCUUCGGCCCCAUCUGCUCAAGGCUGAUGUUUGUAACCUCGGAACACAUUUGAAGCUUUGAGUCAAAGGACAAAGGGGAACUGGCAUGGCAAUGCCCCUUAUUUAUUGAUUCUUGAAAUUUUGCUGCUAUGUUACCGAAUCAUACUAAAGACAGUUGCACUUACCUUGCUGGAAAAGGCAAAGAAAUUAAAGUUGAACAGCUUGAGAGCUGCAAGUCUGCCCCCAUGAGUCUGCUCAUGACUGCCCCAUUUCUCACUCUGUUCUCAGCUCAUUGCCCAUUAGUUUUGCUGUUUGUCAGUUUUUGAGCUAACAUUAUGGAUGCUUACCAUGAGGACCUCGAAGAAAUCAUUUUACUGUGUCAGACCUGCGCCGUGGAACUGACCAGCACCAUAGGCCUGGUCCAGGAACUACUGAAGCAUGUUGUGAGGCAUGUUGUUUGCUCUCUUGUGAGAGGCCGCAUCCAUCUUUGGAGGAACAUACACCUGAGUAUUGAUUCACAUCCCCACUGCAUUUGCUUCAUUUACUUACGGCUGUUGCUUGUGCUUUCUUAAUAAUUGAUCAAUCCAGCACUUUCCGUGGGUCAUGGCCUGUAUGCGCUCCGCUUGCCACGAGCAUGUUUUAAUUUCCGAGUAGCAUAUGCAAGGGUCAAAACUGGCUCCCCAGUGUUUCAACUUAUUUUUCCUCUCAGGGUUUUUCAGAUAUGACUGUGAAGAGGAUGAGGUGUUCGAGUUCUCAGUGGGAACUCCUCCAAAUGGAUUGGAAGAGAAACACUAAAUUGAUUCUAAAUCUGUUCCAUUCUCUUCUCUGUAGGAUGCAAACUGUCCAGUUUCAAUGUCUAAGUGUGCACUUUCACACUAGCAAUCACAGCACCGAAGGACAGAGUUCAAUUUUGUACAGCCGAUUUAAACAUCAGGCAUUUUUUAUUUGACUUAAUGACAAAUUUAUUCUUUUCAUCAGGACUUCUGUCUCUUCUGCAGGAAGAACUAAACUAUGUUUGGGGCCCAUGCUAUGAUAAUACGAUUUAUCCCUCUUGGCUCUUCACUUUUGUCUUUCUUCCUUCCUUUUCCAAGAAUUGUCCUCAUCCCUUUCAAUCUCAUUGCUGUUGAAUAUUGAUGUUUCAGGUUCCUGUUCACCUGACUACAAAUAACAGAAAAUCCAAACAGUAGUGCAGGGCUGAGUAAGAAAUCUGGAAGAGAGGCACCCCAGGACUGCUUCCAUAAUAUUGACUGGGACCAAAACCCUUAGGCAUUUCUUUUCUACCGUGCUCAUCCUCUGUCUUUGACUUACUGUCCCAUAGUUACAGGGUAGUUGCUGAACCUCCAGGUACCAUGUCUGCUUUCUAAGUGGGAUAAAGAACAAAGAGGCAAUUAACAGGUUCAAUAUCUGUAUCAUGAAAGCAGAGCUUUCUCCAGCAUGUUCGGCUACACCAAUUGGUUAGAAUUCUGUUCCACAGCUCCCCAUACCUACAUGCAAGUCUGGGAAGGAAAUGUUUUAGUUAGGCACAUUAUUUGUGAAUGACAUUUGGUUUCCCUCAUAAGGAAGAGGAAUUGGUUCUUGGGAGGAAAAUAUAUCUGCCAGAUUAAAUUCUAUCAUCAUGUUCCUGCCAUUGCCCUUCCUGUUCUUUACUCUCCCAUUCUUAACAAUCUCCUUAGUCUUAAUAAGAAUUUUCAUUUUGAUAGAAAUUUAGGUACAAGUGAAUUUCUAGUUGUAAAAACAUUCUAGUUGCAAAAAGAUACACAUUCUCUGGAUUAAAAUAGUUUAAGUCAAGUCAUGCUGUCAGCUAUGGAAAUUUCUUUCCAUUAUUAAUUGCUCUCCUCCAGAUUAACACCAAAUGGAUACAUCAGCAGAAAAAUAUCCAGUUAACAGAGAAUUUCAACUUUGGUCUUAGAAGGAAAUUUGUUGUCUCAUUCACAGCACAUAAAUAUUAAGCAGUAGAUUUUAAUGCUAGUGUUAUUAUUGGGGUUUCCACAGAACAUGAGCAGUUGGGCAAGGUUCUCCUGCAUUUUAAAUCGUAGUUUUAAAGUCUGCCUCGUGUAGUUUCCCUCAUAGUCCCAUGUGGCUCGCCUUAGAGCUGGCUAGUAUCAGGAAAGAGUAUUCAUUAUAGCCCAGUCUCGUAUAAUAUGGGAGGCCCUCUAAACUGGAACAGAACAGGAAACUGUGGACAGGUAGCCAAAGGUCAGUGAAAUCACAGAAUUUUCUUCUAACCUAGCUAGCGGGCUGAGGGGAUGCUUUAUUCUAGGGCAAGGUCACGAAGGGCAAAAUUGAGAGUUGUGUCCUUCUCUCGGUGCUCAGAACAGAGAGGAUCAGCAAAUAUAUGGGAAGCUUUUGGGAGAGUGGUUUUGGAAAUAAUCCAGUCUUCUUUUCUUUGCAAGUUGAUCCUCUAGUCUGGUGUAGGAAUCAGGAUCGCCAUAGGAAGACAGGGUCAGAUAGGCAGGUGAAGGUCAAGGAUGGGGAGUCUGCAGUUGGGGUGCUAAUAGUCAAUGGCCUUCUUCCCUGGGACUCCAUCUCAGACAUGUGGUCCCCCACUGGCUAAGGUCUCAUCUGAGCUCCAGUGGAACACUGUGCAGCUCUUGGUCACAAUCGUUUUGUAAAAGUAGCCAAGUGGAAUUCUGAGGUGUUUUGGUGUAUCCCAGUGCAGAAUUUUAUUUUACUUUACCUGAUGGAGAAUAAAACAAAUAUCUGAAUAAUGUUUGUUUCUUUCUCAGACGUUUGAAAGUUCUGCUUUUUUCCCCCCUGAAUCCAUUUUUAAUGUGCAGAGCCAGGGCACAUAAUGGAAAAGGAGUUCUCAACAAGACACAUCACUUGUCUCUUGUUUUUCCCAUUACUGAGGAAAUGGGCUGUAGGACACCAAAUAAAGGGUAUCCUGAAAGCGACAGGUGAAUGUUUUCCAAGUGUUUUUCAGUGUACCCGUUGGGAGUGCAGAUGUUCCUCUGGCUGUAGGGAAAAGGUCAAUGUGUUCAAAGUGAAUCAUUCAAUAUUGAGCACUAGGCGUUGCUUAGAAGCAGGCAGCCUCAAGGUUCCCUGCUUAGCUUUCAUAGGGCUCAUCAGGUCUUAGGAAGGAGAGGACCUGUAAGCAGAUACACUUUUAAUCCUACUAAGCCAUGGAAACUGAAGGCAUUGCAGCUGUUUAUUUCAUUUAGAUGAGAUCUGAUUAUGUUAAAUGCUCAACACAUGCAAAGUCUGCUCAGUAUUCCUUAUCAGGUAGUGAGAUGGAAAAGAUGUGAAAACCAAGGAGGAAAAUCAUUGGAUUCCCAUUUAAUUGUUACGUUUUCAUUUUAAUUUUGUGUAGGCAGUGUUUUAUCAGACUCAGCCUCUAGCUUUUGAAAUGAUUUACACGAGAAGGGAGCCUGUAUGUCUACCUUGGGAAACAUUAACCAGAUCCCAUUUUACACCGGUUUGGUAAUAACUAUUUAUUUGCUGUUCUAGGUGAGUUGAGAAUGACUGUACAUGAGACUUUUAUGAGAUAUAUUUGCAUUUGGUGUUGGAACAACCACGUAGCAACUUUUGGGUUUUUUAUUGUAACACUGUAAACAUUGGCGCCUUAUUAAAAAUUAAAUGUUUGAACCCCACUCUUAAGAAUAAAACAAGCACAGAGUCCUCAACAAGCACGUCACGAAUGGAACAGAUACUGUGAUUUCAAGCAUGUUUCUGCUCAACAGAUCUCUGCAAACUUUGUCCUGGUGAUAUGGCUGAGGCAUAUAACUAAGUUAAAGGCCCAUCCUUAAGAUUGUGACAUUAAUUGGUUGACUUUUUUUUUUUGGAAAUAAAAUAGAUUGGAAAAAAAAAGGAAAAAAAGAAAAAAGUAGUGAUUUUUUUUUUUUUUUGGCUUUUUCGUUUUUAUCGAUACCAGGGAUCGGACUCACGACUGCCUGCUUGCAAGGCAGGCGUUUAUGCCACUGGGCUAAAUCCCCAGCCCCCAAUUGAUUGGUUUUUAAAUCCAUUGUUCUUGGCUAAUUGGGCAAUGACUAAAUAAAAAUUAAGACCAUGGUUCUAAAUGUCCAAGCAUAGGGCAGGACCACUGUGCCCAGGUCAUCUACAUAUCUAUCCUAUGUUGGAGCCUAGGGUGGGAUGCAGUUUAGUCUGAUAUUUUUGACAUUUUAUCCUUCAUUUCCUGUGUGUGUAGUGUUUGGGUUUGAAUCCAAGGCUUUCACAUUGAGCUACACCUCCAGCCUUUUACACUGUUUUUUAUUUUUUAUUUUGAGGCAGAAUCUCAUGAAGUCUCUGAAUUGCCUAGGCUGGGAUCAAACUGUGAUCCUUCCCCCUCAGUCUCUCAAAGUACUGGGAUUACAGGUGGGCACCACCACACCUAGCCUCAUCCUUUUCUUCAACAGCAAAAAUUUUCUCUAGUACUCAGGGAACCACAAGGUUUUGAAUUGUGUGUUUUUAUUUUGAAAAUUUUCAACCUUAAAGAAAAAUUGCCCACAUACCCAUGCCCUAGAAGAGGUGCUAUUCAAUAUGUUUUUUUUUUUUAUUUAGAGAAAGGUAGAAUAAUAGAAAAUGGGCAGAAAUAGUACAUACUUUCAAAGAAAAGAAAUAAACAGUAAUAAAUCAUUAGUUGAUGUAGACAUAUUUCCCCCUCACAAAUAAGUGUUUAAGAUACAAAAGUGGAACAUAUAAAUGGGAAUUCAACUGGGGAGACUGCAAACCAUUCUGUUCAACUAUCCAACAAAAACUAAGUAAUAUGAGUGUCAAUCCUAUACACUUAGACAUGUAUGCAUUUAUCCAUAUCUUUGUUUAUGUUGAGACCUAACAAAACUUAUUAGAUUAAAAUCCUUCUGAACAAAGGUUAAUAAUAUUGCUGGAUUUCACAUCAUAACACUCCGGAAUCAGCACUGGGUACUGCAGUGCCCCUGUCUUUCCUUCAAAGUAUUUGUUCAUUUUAUCAUGUGUCAUAAGAUCAGUUCUAAUAAACUGUUUAUAGGUUUUACGCAA